AUGAAAACAACAGUGACAAGUGUGUUGGUUUGUCACACAAUAUUUCAGCUAAGAGAAGAAAAGCUUACGUAUGAUUGUGCCAAGAAAGUUCACUCUACGCCAAGCACAGAGCCUGAAGUUCAAUGUGCAACUGCCAAUGGACUUUGGAGCACCUUGGUUAACAAUUGUAAAACUAAAGUAGUUACUGAUUUACUGAAAAAGUCAAAAACUGUCUGUAAAACAGUUGUCCCGCAGAUUGUGGCUAAAUCUGUAGCUAAAUUUGAAAAGUCGUCAAAGAAUUUUCUCAGGUCUGUAAGUGUGCUAUACAAGGGUGGAAUUCUUAGUAAGAGAAAGUAUUGUAAUAUAAGAUCUUCAGAAAUCUUUGAUUAUGACAUCCCAGCAAAGAAGCGGCGCACAGAGUUUGAAGAGGGUUGUAGAUUACCUGCACUUGUACCUUACAAAGAGCUUAUGAAAUUUAUAGAGGUACAAGAUAUUGGAAAACUUAAUAGCAUACCGCAGGCUACUGCUGAAUGUGAAGUAGAAAAGGAAAAUGAAGAAGUUGAUGGCAACUUACUGCCAGUGGUCCCUGGGUAUUAUAUUGACCUUAAAGAGCGUUUACUCCAAAUGGCAGACCUCUACCUUCACAUAGAUAGCCAUAUACCUAAUUUUCUUACGUGGUUUGGUAAACAGAAGGCUCAUUUUCUAGUAGCAGUGGGUGCAGACGGUGCCCCUUUUGGUAAAGCUAAUGAGGCUUGUGCAUGGCUUGUCUCAUUUUUGAAUGUUUCUGAAAGAGUUGCCUCGCCAGAUGACAAUUUUUGA